AUCCCUCUCCCCUUGCCGACUGAUCUCAAGCGACCACGACAUUUCGAUCCUUCAAUUUGCGUCUCGACAAACGAAACACUGGAAUGAUUGUUCGAGCAACCUCAAACCAUCUUUCACUCUACAAGAAGCCGUGAAACCGCAAACAAAAUCCCUACAACCACACAUCCAAGAAUCGCACACCACAAACACUCCAAGAUGGAACUCUCGCCAGCUUUCUCAAUCACCAGCGACAUGACCGACGAGGAGUUGGACCUGUACUUCGCAACUUGUGGUUCGCUGUCCAACUUGCCGACACCUCCCCCUGCAAAGGAGCAUAACAUCGAUCAACCGACAUCAACGUCAGACCUGCAGGAGUUCGCUCCUGAAUUACAAGCACAUGCAACUCAUCUUGCCAACCUCGUUCCGUUCGAGGUCUCCACAUCCCGACCUUCUGUGCCGACCCUCCGUGGCUUCCUGGAACGAUCAUGCCUGCCGGACGAGGUCAUUGCCUUUGCUGCCUGUAUACUUGAUGCCCUGUCCUGCCGCUUCGCUGCAACGUGGCGCGAGACCCUGCUGCCAUCCGACUAUUCCAGGGAUCUCAAAUUUUUCAUGAAGACCGACACAUGUCAUCAUGAAUCUGUCAGCCCAGACGUCCUUGUCUUAGCUGCCUUGUCCUUGGCCCAUGGUUUCUUCAGUGAUACUCGUCGUUCUGCACACUAUUGGGCAGUAGGCAUGAGCCGGAAUCAGUUCACCAUCCAGGAACUCGAAGCCACAAAGCGAGCGAUUCUUCAGGAUACAGACUACGGACUCUGCCGCAUCACCGAGGGCAUGAUGGAUAGUAUGCUGCAGGACAUGCAAUGUACCAAGACACUGCCUGUUGCAGUGGAUUCAACGAACGAAAAUGAAUGCAUCGCAAAGAUGAGCCGACGCCGAAACUUCUCCAUCGAUCUGCCGGGCACAGCAACGUGGAAGAAUGGCGUUCAGACACCAGAGCCCAGCCCUUAGGCGCCGACUUGGUGUUUUCGUAGUUUGCAUCGCCUUUUCCGCACUUCGGUGUGUGUUUCGCUUCUCUUGCAGCGCUUACGAUACCCAAACCGUUCCAGCAUUCUCAGUCAUCCAGCAUUUCAGCGGCAUCAGCAUUAAGGAGUUUAUGGGCAUGUCUUGGCUUGGAGGUCCGCAUUCAGCGGCCUCAUUUGUUGCAUUGUUUGCACGAUACCCUCGCACAAUCGUGGCAGCCCUUCUUGUGGCGCCAUCUAGCAUUCUUGUAGCACGUCAUCAAACAAUAAUUCACACAUCAU